CGAUUUACCGAUGUAUGUGCAGACAGGAAGACGGAAAAACGACUUUAUAUCGGAGUUGUCUCGAGAUGGCUAUGCAUUUUCAUGACAUCAGGCUAGUCAGCAUAUCAUUUCUCCAUUGAAUACAGACGGUCGACGUAAACAACCCUCAUCGAAUAUUCAGAACUGCAUGACAAUAAUGAGAUGCAUCCACCAAUCCAAAGAAAGGAUAGGCGGGAGUUAGGUAGUCCGGUGAGUCGCUUUGUGGACAACGACUCCCAUUGUUAGAGCGGAGAGAUAUAUAACCUGUCAGUAUAGCCAUAAUCUUUGAUAAAAGUCCAUUAACAAAGAAGUAGACCAGACCCAGCUGCUACUGCAUUGAUGUCUAUAGGAGACACAUCUAGUUAAGUAGACCGGAACUGACCUUUUUGUAAACGGCGAGUGACCCAUCUUCAUUUAUCCACCAUCUUUGGUGUUUUCAGAAGGAUGCAGAGUAUGUAAACAAACAACAAUGGCAGCCGUAGGCCUGGUUCUAUGCAGCCAGACGUUAGUUCUGCAUAGUUAUCAAGGUAUAUCAGACCCAUAUCCAUCCAUACAGAACACCUGUCGGCUCUGCGGACAAAAUCUGCUCAUCAAAGGGACAUUACAGGCAACAAGAAGAAUAUUUGACAAGCCUAAAGCCUCAAAGGAAAAAAAGUUAUGUGACAGAUUCCUUGCCACCGGUUUAGUGCUAACUGAUGCACCAGGGGUGAAGUCGGGCAGAAUUUGUGCUAAGUGCUAUCGACUAUUUCUCAGGAUAGAGGAAUCUGUAAGCGUUUUAAAGAAAUGGCAAUCAGAGCAUCAGACGAGCAAUAAGAGGAAGCGUGAAUUGGAACCGAGUCCGUCUGAAACAGACAGGGCUGCCAAGAAGACAUCGUCUGAACCGGAGCCGAGAACAUAUGAAACAGACAAGGGAGCCAAGAAGAAAUGUCCUCCCUAUAAAAAGGUUCCCCCGAGGAGCAGUCUUGUCGAGGUUGUCAUAACAUACCCUAACCAAUUGGAUCCAAAGCUGAAAAAGAGAGUUGAGAAAGUUUCAUCAGAAUUUUCUGGAAUGGUUGAAAACUUGGCAAAAGGCAAAUUGACGACAUUUGUCAGGUUAGCCUUGACGAAUGAAACCAUGUGUCAAGAAAUCAGAACGCAGAUGACACAGAAAAUAGAAGCAGAGGUCAAGGCGUAUGCAAGACCUUUAAAUUACUUGACUUCUGCUGAACCUUGCAUCUUGAGUAGUACCUCGUUGGAGAACAUGAAGUGUUUUUCAUACCAAGCGUUGGAUGAUGAGUUGUCCAGAAAGACACCAUGGCUUUAUACCACCAUCAAUACCGCAACAGGUGGUUCCACCAUCCAUAACUGUGUGGCUGCAUCUGUGGCCCUGAGAGGUAGAAACCCCAGGCUUUCUGCACUGGCCUAUGUCAUCAACUCAACACUGACCCAAGGGGGAGUUAAGCCCAUUUUCAAAAGACUCUCUAAGAUGGGCAUAACAACCACACACAGCAAUGUCCUAAAUAAGCAGAAAGAGAUGAAGGCAGCUGGGUACAACAUCAACAUCAAAUGCUGGAGGGAGGACUGUGAGCUGUUUUUCCAACACAGUGUCAGCGGUGAAGUCUGCCCACGACCACCUCCUACUGCUAAACCGACAGAGGAGACCGGAAGAGAGGAAGAGGAGGAGGAAGACAGGAGUCCAGUGGAGGAUGAGUUUGAAAUAGAGCUGGACUGGGGUCCGCUGGAGGAAGAGGGUGAAGGAGAUGAGGAAGAGUGGAGUCCACUGUCAGAAGAGACAGAAAGAGAGGCGGACAGAGGAUCUACAGUGCAGGGAGAGAGAAGAGAGGAGAAAGACAGGGGUUCCCUGCUAGGAGAGACAGAAAGAGAUGAGGCCAGAGGAUCUACAGUGCAGGAAGAGAGUGAAGGAAAGGAGGAAGACAGGGGUUCCCUGCUAGGAGAGACAGAAAGAGAGGAAGAGGGACAUGCAUCAUCAGCACGACAAGGAAAUGACAGACAGGAAGAGGACUCUGAUUCAACAGUGGAUUCAGAGUCUGAACACUUUGGAUUAAACCUCACCUGUGAGAGUGAUUAGAGAAGUAACCUAACAAAGAGUCUGUAGAUUACAGAUCUAGGCCUAGGGGCCAAGGCUACAUCUCUGAACAACAAGGGACUAAUCAUAGGGGGCAUCCCAAAUGGAACCCUAUUCCCUACAUAGGGCACUACUUUAGACCAGAGCCCUAUAGAACCCUAUUCCCUACAUAGGGCACUAAUUUAGACCAGGGCCCAAUAGAACCCUAUUCCCUAUAUAGUGCACUACUUUUGACCAGGGACCUAUAGAACCCUAUUCCCUACAUAGGGCACUACUUUAGACCAGGGACCUAUAGAACCCUAUUCCCUACAUAGGGCACUACUUUAGACCAGGGACCUAUAGAACCCUAUUCCCUACAUAGGGCACUACUUUAGACCAGGGUCCUAUAGAACCCUAUUCCCUACAUAGUGCACUACUUUUGACCAGGACCAUUUGGGACAGAAUCAUACAGUGAAAUUACUCAUGUUGAGGGGGUCAAGGUGUGAGGUCGACUGUUCCAGGUGUGUGUUGAGGGGGUCAAGGUGUGAGGGCUACUGUUCCAGGUGUGUGUAGUGAGGGGGUCAAGGUGUGAGGUCGACUGUUCCAGGUGUGUGUUGAGGGGUGAAGGUGUGUGUACAGUGUGUUUACAACCGUAUUAAAGAGACCAGUUCCAUUUAAAUGUUCAAUUCAAACUUUAUUGUCCCAGCAGGGAGUAUUUCAUUGUGCAGCUAAGAGUACAAAGCUGCUCAACACAAACUUCCAUUUGCUACUUCCCAAAAUGGCACCCUAUUCCCUAAUAUAUUGCACUACUUACCCCAUAGGGCCCUGGUCAAAGUAGUGCACUACUUACCCAAUAGGGCUCUGGUCAAAAGUAGUGCACUACUUACCCAAUAGGGCUCUGGUCAAAAGUAGUGCACUACUUACCCCAUAGGGCUCUGGUCAAAAGUAGUGCACUACUUACCCAAUAGGGCUCUGGUCAAAAGUAGUGCACUACUUACCCCAUAGAGCCCUGGUCCAAAGUAGUGCACUAUACAGGGAAGCCACUCAUUGGGCCAAGAUGGUCCAGACAAUAAACAAAAAAUAAAUACAAAUUACAAUACCAAUUCUUUUUUAAAUGACCUUGAGUUUGCCUGAGAUAGUAGAUUCAUAGGUUGUACAAAUGUAAACUAGUGUCAAUUCCGAUAUCACAUGUACAGUUAUCAGGUAAAGUGACUUGCUCUCCUCUCCUUCAUCUGUAGCGAUCUGAAUUAUUAUUUUACAAUGACGGCCUACCGGGGAACAGUGUGUUAACUGCCUUGUUCAGGGGGCAGAACGACAGAUUUGUACCUUGUCAGCUGUGCGCCGCCCUAUGGGGCUGUUUAGCCCAUGUGUAACUCUGUGUUGUUGUUUGUGUCUCACUGCUUUGCUUUAUCUUGGCCAGGUGGCAGUUGUAAAUGAGAACUUGUUCUCAACUGGCCAACCUGGUUAAAUAAAGGUGAAAUAAAAAUGGGGCAUCUCCCUCUGACUGCAGAUAAUGCGAGACUGCUGGGUGGAACACUAGCCUUCCAGGUGCUGUCCUUCACGGAUGGUGAGAAUCCUGCAUCUCAAAUUACACUCUAUUCCCUAUAUAGUGCACUGCUUUAAACCAGAGCCCUAUUCCCUAUAUAGUGCACUACAGAGCCCUAUUCCCUAUAUAGUGCACUACAGAGACCUAUUCCCUAUAUAGUGCACUACAGAGCCCUAUUCCCUAAUAGUGCACUACAGAGACCUAUUCCCUAUAUAGUGCACUACUUUAAACCAGAGCCCUAUUCCCUAUAUAGUGCACUACUUUAGACCAGAGCCCUAUUCCCUAUAUAGUGCCCCCAUCGGGCUCUGGUCAGAAGGAAUGCACUGAAUGAAUAGGGUGCCAUUUGUGACGAAACCCUUGAAUACAAAAAUAAACCUACAUCCAGUUUUCCAUAGAGGGUUCUGUUCAUGUCUGGGUUAUGUUCAGGAAAGAUACAUGUUUUUCUUUUUUAAACAGAGGUCCUACCUGAAAUUGUCCAAUAAGAACACAGGUUUUUGUUUUGCUACAUUGUGCUCUACUGAAUAUGACCCUGUUGCUGCGGUUACCACGACACUAUCAAUGAUGUCACGGUCACACUCACAUCUUUGGCCUGUAGCCCUCAGGGACAGGUCUGUGUACAGAUAGCGUCUCCAGGUUGGGGUAUGGUAAGGUGCCCGGGAAACAUCCACUUUGUUAUGUCCAUGUUGUUAGAAUUUCUUCUUAAUUACUUAUCUGGGUAAAUAAAGGUUAGACGAAC